CCAGCCCCGGCUUCACCUGUUCGCAUGCACAUUUCUUCCCCUUUUUUUCACUUGGGAUUGCCUUCCAUCGCCUCAUGAUAAUGACCAAAAACCUCAUACCUAUAACUAUGCUUUCGUACGCGGGCUGCAGCUUGCUGAUCCUGUCCGCGUCCCUCGCCGGUGCCUCCCUGGCCGAGAUGGUGUUCCGCUGCCCGGGCUGCACCGCGGAGCGCCAGGCUCUGUGCCCGCGGCUCACCGAGACCUGCGCGGAGAUAGUGCGCGAACCGGGCUGCGGGUGCUGCCCCGUGUGCGCCCGGCAGGAGGGUGAAAUGUGCGGAGUGUACACCCCGAGGUGCGCCACCGGACUGCGAUGCUACCCGACCCCCGACUCGGAGCUUCCUCUGGAGCAACUGGUGCAGGGCCAGGGCCAGUGCCGGCGCAAAGUGGACCCCGAGACCACCACUUACAGCCAGGACCAGCGGGAGCAAACCAGCGGUGAGGCUGUGGAGCUGGUGCCUGAGUUGGGGGUGAGUGAGGUCCCAGCCGUACAGAAGCCCAGCAAACAGGCCACGUGGCUGGGCCCGAAGGAGAGCGCCGUCCGCCAGCACCGGCAGGAGAUGAAGACUAAGAUGAAGACCAACAAGGUGGAAGAGGUGAAAUCUACACGGUCUAAACAGACUCAGUGUCAGCAGGAGCUCGACCAGGUCCUGGAGCGGAUAUCCAAGAUGCCCUUCAGAGAUAACCGGGGUCCCCUGGAAGACCUGUACGCCCUGCACAUCCCCAACUGUGACAAGAGGGGGCAGUAUAACCUCAAACAGUGCAAGAUGUCUCUCCACGGUCAGAGGGGUGAGUGCUGGUGCGUUAACCCUCACACCGGCCGCCCUAUCCCUUCAGCCCCCACUGUAAGGGGGGACCCCAACUGCAGCCAGUACCUCAGUGAGCUGGAGCUGGAGCUCCCAGACAUGGACCAGAUAUAGUGGAGUGAAAAAAAAAAAAAAGACAAAAAAACUGUAAAGUAUGUGGGAACAAUGAACAUCUGAGUAAGCUAUAUACAGUAUUCUCUUUCUUUGUGUAUGUGUCUCUAAUUCCUUUGACGACAGUGACGUCUGAAAUCCUAACCACCGAAAAGGAAUAGCUUUGAACGUAGGAUGUAACUGCAGAUUAAUUUUAGGGGUAAAAAUAAAACUUAGGACUCCUUUUUUUUGUCAUAAAUAUUCAGUAGAUGUCAGCAGGAGAGUCGGUGACAUUGCUAUACUAGUGACUUUGCUCAAUUUUCAGUGUUUGGUACUGUUUGUGUUGGAAAAAAAAAAGACAAGCCUUCAACAUAUUUGGUGUUUUAAGUGUGUUUUCAUGUCUCAGCUUGCAGACUACUACUUGUAUGCCCUGUGCGAUACUAUAGGUUUGAGUACACCUGGCUUUUAACACACCGUAUUAAUGAACUGUAGUACGUGCAUUCGGUCCUGGAGGAGGACGGGACUUUAGGUCACCUGGUGAAUAACAAUUAAAAUGAUAGUAAACUCAA